UACACUCACUCUCUGCUGCGAAAGCAAAGUUGGCGAAUACUCGCACUCGAAUGAAUACCUAUUGAGAGCCCCAGACAGCCAACGAAUUCGAUCGCCAGGCAAUCAAAUCAAAUCAAAACAGGCAGUCAAACGCAGCGCGUCGACUUUUUCCAAUAAUAUAUAUCUUGGAGAUACUCGCCGAUACGAAAACAUUUUUUUUAUAAUUUCCAAUACAAGUCUCCUUUUUUUUUUUGGUUUUUUUGCAUAAGAUUUGUAUUUAUUUUUUUUUUUAAACGUGAAAAUUGUAAUUGUAAUUGCCGCGAAAAAAAUACAGACUGUUAAAUAGUGAAUGAAAAGUGCUGAAAGUUGUUAAAAGCUGUGUGACACAGCAGAAUUUCCCAGCGGAAUUUCCACAGGACUCACUGGACAAUUUGAUGUGUAAAUGACGACAAGUGCUUGUCCGCUCGCAGCCAGCAACAACGACAGCAACAACAACAGCAAAACGGCCAACACAAGGAUAACAACAACAACGACGCAGACGGCGAAGCCGCAACCGCCGCUCAGCGCCCGAAGACGUCCACAAAAUCUCAAAUUCUCGCUGCUUCUGCUCGCCAUCCUCAUGUGCCAGCUGCAGCAAUUUGCUGGCGGCGGCGCCGGCUGCGUCGCUCUCGCAAUGGCAGCUCCCGCUCCCGUUCCCGUUUCCCCUCCCGCUCCCUCUCCCGCUGCACCACUGAGUGGUCUGGCCACAUCCACAUCGACAGUCGUAUCCAGACCUACGACCAGGAAUCGCACGCGAAGACUGCACAAGCGACAUGACCAGCCCAGCUUCAAGGAGCGAUUCCACUUGGAGCUCAACAGUUCCGCACUUGACUGGAGCAACGGAUGCGGGGGCAACUAUGAGCAGGCACAGCCCUUGGUGAAACCACAUAAGCGAUGUGCCAAGCAUAAAAAGAAUAAAACUCGCCGUGAGCUGCGCCAACUGAGAGUUAACAAUAAACUCCGACAUACCGUUAACACGCUCUCGGCGCCGGACACAUCCGCCAAUCAGGCCAUUGACAUUUCACAGCGAAACAUAUGGAAGGUCCAAAGCAGCCAAUACACUUUUCUGCCUCGCAUUAAUAUCAGUGCUGCCCAUCAUAUGCCACUGCGUCGCGUACAUCACGAUCUGCAAUUCUAUGUUGCCGCAUUCAGUUAUCUGCGCCACGCCCAGCUGCACUUUGACUACGAGUUCCUGCAAAAGCAGAGCGUCCUGUCCUCCGAGCUUGGCCGCUACCGCCAAAGUGCACGGGAAGUGCUCUGUUUGGUGGAGGAGGCCAUAAAUAACACCAAUAAGCUGUAUGCGCCCAGUCACAAAAACACACAGAAGAAUCAACGCGGUGGCAAGGUGGUUACCUUGGGUCUGAUCAAGACCGUGCCACGGCUGCCCAUGGAGAAGCGUCUGAUGAAGUUCAAGACGCCGCUGGUGGAGCUGCACAAACAGGCGGUGCUUGCGGCCAACAACAAGCCAGCUGCCACUCCACGCACACUCCAUGAGCUGGAUGCACUCUUCCUUAAGUAUCAGUACAUCCAGUAUCUCAAGCAGAUGACGCAACUGCUGGGCAAGCUACGCGAGAGGAACUGCAGCAGCAAAAGUCCCAGGAAGACGACACCUCGUCUUAAGCCACUUCAGAAGCGGCCAAAGCAGACGUAGAACCGCUCCAGUUAC